AGAGUGGGUCUUCUUUUGGCAGCCCUGGAUUUCCAACAAUUCUUUCUUCAGAGUCCAACACUGGAUGACCAAGGCCCAAUGGAGGUUCGGUACACAGAAGAGGGUCCUGGACUUGGGAUCUUCAGAAAAGAGUUGGGAGACCGGCGGCAACCCAUCUCCCAGUCCCAGCGCUGGUGCUGCCUGCAGCGUGGCUGUGCGGUUCUGGGAGCCCUGGGGCUGCUGGCUGGAGCAGGGGUCGGCUCAUGGCUCCUAGUACUGUAUCUAUGGCCGGUUGCCUCUCCCCCCAUCUCCGGGACCUUGCAGGAGGAGGAGAUGAAUCUGAGCUGUCCAGGAGUCAGCAGGGAGGAAGAGCUUCUCUCAUCGCUUCCCAAAACAGUAUCUUUCAGAAUCAUGGGCGAGGAUCUCCUGCUUGAAGUGCAAGUAAGGGCUCGGCCAGACUGGCUCCUGGUCUGCCAUGAGGGCUGGAACCCUGCCCUGGGGAUGCACGUUUGUCAGAGUCUUGGGCACCUCAGGCUCGCUCAGCACAAGGCAGUGAAUCUGUCUGACAUCAAACUCACCAGACCCUGGGAGUUCGCUCAGCUGUCUGCUAGACCAGGAGGUCUCCUCCAGGAGGCAUGGCAGCCCAGCGCUAGCUGUCCUUCUGGCCGAAUUGUUUCUCUCAAAUGUUCUGAGUGUGGGGCAAGACCUCUGGCUUCUCGAAUAGUUGGCGGUCAGGCGGUGGCUUCUGGGCGCUGGCCAUGGCAAGCGAGCGUGAUGCUUGGCUCCCGGCACACGUGCGGGGCCUCUGUGCUGGCACCCCACUGGGUAGUGACUGCUGCCCACUGCAUGUACAGUUUCAGGCUGUCCCGCCUGUCCAGCUGGCGGGUGCAUGCAGGCUUGGUCAGCCACAGUGCCGUCCGACAGCAGCAGGGAGCAAUGGUGGAGAAGAUCAUUCCCCACCCUCUGUACAGCGCCCAGAACCAUGACUAUGACGUGGCUCUCCUGCAGCUCCGGACUCCGCUCAACUUCUCAGACACUGUGGGCGCUGUGUGCUUGCCGGCCAAGGAGCAGCAGUUUCCAAGAGGGUCGCAGUGCUGGGUGUCUGGCUGGGGCCACACCGACCCCAGCCAUACUCAUAGCUCAGACACGCUACAGGACACGGUGGUACCUCUGCUCAGUACCCACCUCUGCAACAGCUCAUGUGUGUACAGCGGAGCACUCACACACCGCAUGCUGUGUGCUGGCUACCUGGACGGAAGGGCAGACGCAUGCCAGGGGGACAGCGGGGGACCCCUUGUGUGUCCCAGUGGUGAUGUGUGGCACCUUGUAGGGGUGGUUAGCUGGGGUCGUGGCUGUGCAGAGCCCAAUCACCCAGGUGUCUAUGCCAAGGUAGCAGAGUUCCUGGACUGGAUCCAUGACACCGUGCAGGUGAGUGUGGAGAAGGAGAGCAGCCCAAGUUUCUGAAGGACCUACCCCAGGACACUGAGGACCUUCUGAGGGUUGGACAUGGGUCUAGGGAAUGUUGGCCAGAGUGGGAGGAGAAAGAAAGGACAUAUAACAAAAACCCACUGGGUUUCUAGCAGUUUAAACACUAUCAGGGAAGGGUAGACUGAGUCUGUGACCUAGAUCUGUCUUUUGGGGGUGACCUGUGGCAAGUUCCUACCCUUGGUAAGCCCAGGCUUUCUGGUCAUAGCCAUCCUGGCUGUGUUUUACUCUGUUUUCUCUCCGCCUUGUUACACAGACACCUAUGUCUCUUGGCUCCCUGGCAGGUCCGCUAGCUACAGGAGAAGCAGCUGCCACCUCUGAUGCCGAACUGUGGAUUUCUCAUGGAUCGUCCCAGACUGAGGGCCAGCAGCUGCAGCACUGGCCUCUCUUCUAAGGC